AGUCAAGAAACAAAAGAUAUCAAUGACUGGCUUCCCAUCACAAAAUCAAGGAACGCAAACUGGUGGUACUCUGCUUUCCACAAUGUCACUGCCAUGGUUGGUGCUGGUGUGCUUGGCCUCCCCUAUGCCAUGUCUCAACUUGGAUGGGGCCCUGGAGUUGCUGUGCUGGUUCUUUCAUGGAUUAUUACUCUGUACACCUUAUGGCAGAUGGUAGAGAUGCAUGAAAUUGUGCCUGGGAAGAGGUUUGAUAGGUACCAUGAGUUGGGGCAGCAUGCCUUUGGAGAAAAGCUUGGGCUUUGGGUUGUGGUGCCCCAACAAUUAAUGGUUGAAUGUGGAGUGUGCAUAGUUUAUAUGAUUACAGGUGGCAAUUCCAUCAAGAAGAUUCAUGAUACUCUGUGCCCUAAUUGCAAAUCUAUCAAAACCACCUACUUCAUCAUGAUCUUUGCCUCUGUCCACUUUGUUCUCUCUCACCUCCCUAGCUUCAAUUCCAUAGCUGGUGUUUCUCUUGCUGCUGCUGUUAUGUCCUUGAGCUACUCUACCAUUGCUUGGACAGCUUCUGUGCACAAAGGGGUUGAUCCAGAAGUGCAGUAUGGUCCCAAGGCUUCAAGCACUGCAGGAAAUGUGUUCAACUUCUUUAGUGCUUUGGGAAAUGUAGCUUUUGCUUUUGCUGGGCACAACGUGGUUUUGGAGAUUCAAGCAACAAUUCCUUCUACACCAGAAAAGCCUUCCAAAAAACCCAUGUGGAAGGGUGUGUUUAUUGCUUAUGUUGUGGUCGCAUUGUGCUAUUUCCCUGUUGCUAUGAUCGGUUACUGGGUGUUUGGAAACAACGUCGAAGAUAACAUCCUCAUAUCGUUGCAGAAGCCUCGUUGGCUUAUAGCUCUUGCUAAUUUCUUUGUUGUUAUACAUGUCAUUGGAAGUUAUCAGGUCUUUGCAAUGCCAGUGUUUGACAUGCUGGAAUCAUUUCUAGUAACAGUGAUGAAAUUCAAGCCAUCUAUGUCACUUCGCUUCCUAACACGAACAGCAUUUGUUGCAUUCACCUUGUUCAUCGGAAUCACAUUCCCUUUCUUUGGUGGGCUUCUCAGUUUCUUUGGAGGAUUUGCUUUUGCUCCCACAACAUACUUUCUCCCUUGCGUCAUGUGGCUUGUCAUGUACAAACCAAAGAAAUUUGGCCUUUCUUGGUGGGCUAAUUGGCUCUGCAUCAUAGUUGGAGUGUUAUUGAUGGUUUUAUCUCCAAUCGGCGCAUUGAAGAACAUCAUACUUCAAGCCAAGGAUUUCAAAUUCUACUCUUGAUUCUUGACAAGUUGCAAGAAGGGAGAAUCCAAGUUCAAAUUUACAUAACAGAUUUUGUAAUUAGUUUAUCACUGAUGUGAUGAGAUAGGUUACAGCCAUGGCUGAUGGGUUAGCUAUUAUCCUUCUAGUUGUUUUUAGGGUUUAGGGUUAGCAAUUAUCUCUCUGCAUAUCCUUUUACUUGUUUUCAAUAAUAGGACCUGCUUUGUUUAUUCAGUAGAUGAUGUUCAUAGCUUGCUUGUUUGCUGGAUAUGCAGAGAGAGAGAGAGAGAGAGAGAGAGACUCAAUCUAAAUUAUCAGUCUAUCUUUCAAUUAUUGGUUUUCAAUCAGUUACUAGAUUUUCCAAAUAUCAAAUGCAUGAUCUAA